CGAGUUCACGGCGUUGCAGAUCAAAGAAAGUAUCCGUGUAUGAUUUGUGAGAAAUGGGUGCGAAGGCGAUGUCGACUGAGGAGGUUGUGGAUGAGAUUAUGAGACUUCACCGAUCUCUGCCGGCGCGGCCGGGGAUAGAGGAGGUGGAGGCGGCGAAGGCGUUGCUCGCCGGAGUGGAGAGGGAGGAUCAGGUGAAGCUGGAGGCGAUUGCGCGGCAGAGCAAAGGGAAAGACGUCCCCGAGGAACUGUUCAAGGUGUUGCAGGAGAUGCAGAGGAGCACGGUUCAUUUGCAGAGCAAAGAGCAGAAGAAGGAGGCUCUGAAGCUCUUGGAUCUCGAGCACGCUCAUUACGUGUUCGACGAUUUGGUUCAGAGAGCUUCCAAAUGCUUGCCUUCCAGCUCUCAGCCCUACGCGCCCUCCAAUUCCUCCAGGAAUUCCAGCAGUUUGUCGUUGGCCAACUCCGCUUCCAUGUCCGGCAGCAGUUUCAGCUCCCCGGCCACCGCCACCGCCAUCGCUACGCCGCCGUCCGUCUUCUACGCCGAGAGAGAGCCCGCGAAGACCUUUGAGUUUCACAGCAAAGACGACAGUUUUCUGAAGAAGCCUAAAACGGCGUUCCAUAUGGACGGAGUUGGCGGUGGUGGAAGAUCUGUUAAUACUCCUCCGGCAACCAUGAUUCUUGAUUCCACUUUAAAGCCUGCAAUUAAUUCAAGUAGAGAUGGUGACAAACUGAGCUUGAUUAAGCUUGCUAGUUUAAUUGAAGUGUCAGCUAAGAGGGGAACUUCAGAUCUUAUUCUUAGAAGCAAAUUGUCUGACCAAAUGGACUGGCUUCCUGAUUCAAUAGGGAAGUUAUCAAGUUUGAUUACUUUGGAUUUGUCCGAAAACCGGAUUGCUGUUCUUCCAGCUUCUAUAGGGGGACUUUCAUCAUUAAAGAAACUGGAUUUGCAUGGAAACAGAAUCACCGAGUUGCCAGAUAACAUUGGAGAUCUGCUCAAGUUGGUAUACCUCGACGUGAGUGGAAACCAGUUGAAGUCGUUGCCAGUUUCGAUAGCUAGAUUAGUCCACCUUCAGGAACUUGAUUUGAGCUCGAAUAUGCUCUCAGUCCUCCCCGAGAGCAUUAGUUCGCUCGUGAGUCUCAAAAGAUUGAUCGUGGAAACUAACGAUCUCGAGGAACUUCCCCACACCAUUGGUCAGUGUUCUUGUCUCGUGGAGCUUCGUGCAGACUAUAACCGGCUCAAAGCGUUGCCUGAAGCUGUAGGACGAAUCGGGUCUUUGGAGGUUCUGUCUGUGCGCUACAACAACGUCAGGCAGUUGCCUACCACUAUGGCAUCGAUGGCGAGUUUGAAGGAGCUCAACGUUAGUUUCAACGAGCUCGAAUCCGUUCCCGAGAGCUUGUGCUUCGCAACCACGCUCGUGAAACUGAACAUUAGCAACAAUUUUGCGGAUCUCCAAUCCCUGCCAAGGUCAAUUGGCAACCUCGAGAUGCUUGAAGAAUUGGACAUGAGUAAUAAUCAGAUAAGGAUUCUCCCCGACUCAUUUAGGAUGCUGUCCAAAUUACGAAUUCUAAGAACCGAAGGGAACCCGCUGGAAGUGCCACCUGCAAAUAUAGUGGAGAUGGGAGCACAGGCUGUUGUUCAGUACAUGGCUGAUCUUUACGCAAAGAGGGAUCUGAAAUCACAACCGGUCAAGCAGAAGAAAUCAUGGACUCAAAGAUGCUUCCUCUCAAGGUCCAACAAGCGUAAGCGCAACAAUAUGGAAUAUGUGAAAACCUAAAUAUUUCUUAGGAAAUGUGAGCUGCCAUUGGGCUGGAGAUGCUAACAUGUUGGUUAAAUUCAACCAUUCUGCGGAAAAAUCAAGCUUCUUUUUUCAGAUAUGGCCCUGAACCUUCAUAUGCAAAUUGUAGAUAUCUUCCCCCUUUUUUUUUUUUUUUUUUUUUUUUUUGGGUAUAAUCUUGUUAUAGUUCAUUUUUAUUUAUUUGUUUAUGUAUACCUGUAUUCUUGCUUUGAUGAUUUAAAUGACUGAGAUGUACAAUUGAGCUGAAGCAGUGACAAUGAGGGCAAAGUAUCUUGCAGUUUUAAGUCCAAUUUAAAAUUUUAACGACUCAAUGACUAGAUGAGCUUGUGUCUGUGCCUUGUGGCUACAUUUCUGUAUUAUGAAUGAUUAUUGAGUCAAAUUAUCAGAUUUUUUUUUAACUUGUAUUUUUAUUUAACAAUAGUUGAGCUGCAAUGUCAUAAAAUUUGGUGUA